UACACGAUACCAUCCGUGUGUCACAAUCAGCUGUAACUUCUAGAGCUAGUGGGCGAUGCUGCCAAAAUUUAUACACCCACGAACUUCGCCGCUGAAAUUCCACUCACAGCUGUAUCUUGCUCCACCAUUGGUGAGCUGUUUUACGGCCGGAAGACCGUUUGCUGUACGGGAACAUCGUACGUCCGUCGACAUGGACAAGGUUUACUUGCGCAAUAUAAGCAAUUCGGAGGAGUUGCAUAUAACAUUCCGCUAUGUGAAUGAGACUCUACACGUUGACAGAGACUUCAACUUCUGUCGACGCAUGCACGAACGGGUUGACGAGGCCCUGGCCCGUAUCCGCAACAACGUCGAGAAGGAGUUUAAAAAACGGUCUAAAAAAAGUGGAAAACGGCGGGCACCAGUUGACCUAGCUGUUUCAGAAUCAUUGACUCAAGACACAAUAAAUGAAAUAAAUAUUGGAUUGUAUCGUGACGGGUGCGAUGACUGCAUUACGAAUAUAACUUUUGCCGAAUUAUUACGAGAAAUUGCAAGCGGAUUGGAACUUCGUGUCAUGGACAAAAAGUUUGAUGUAGUUCUCAAUCAGCCAUGGACUGUUAAUCUUCACUUACCCAGUUCAAUUCUGGCUGGUUUCCUUGUUUACCCGAAUAAGCUGGAUCUCCAAUUUGCGACACGCGAACACAGCUUAGGCCAAUGGUACAAAGCUGUAAUGCCGCCAUCAGGAGACUUAAACAAAGGCACCAAAUGGAAUCUCUGCGGGCAUGGCUUAAGCUAUAAAGUAGAAGAUAAGGAUGUCGGCCACUACCUAAAACUAGUGGUAACGCCACGUAACGAACAAGGCAACCAGGGUCCUACUUCCGAACAUAUUGCAAAAUGGCCAGUACAAGCUGGACCAGGAGUGUGCCCAUUUGAAAUACGUCAGCAACAAACACCCCAGCCUUUAAAAGAACCUGACGAGUUACGUGUGGUGACAUACAAUUUACUGGCCGACUUGUAUGCAGACUCAGAUUACUCACGUAAAACACUCUUUCCCUACUGUUUGCCCUACGCACUAGAAAUUGAUUAUCGUAAGCAGCUUUUCAUCAAAGAGUUGCUGGGCUAUAACGCAGAUUUGCUGUGUCUUCAAGAGGUGGACAUUAAGAUUUUUGAUUAUGAUUUAAGAACAGUACUAGAACAGCCGCCUCAUAAUUUCCAUGGAAUUAUGGCGCCAAAAGGAACUUGUGCCGAGGGUGUAGCCAUCUUCUUUCGUACAAGCCGUUUUGAAUUAGUAUCAUCUUUUGUGUUGCACUUGGGUAAAGUUAUAUCCCGCUUGCCAAUUUUUGCGCCAUUAUGGAACAAGAUUAAGGACAACCCACGAUUGGUAACGCGAAUCUGUGAUCGUUCUACUACCCUACAGUUAUGUUUGCUGAAGAUGAAGGGGACUGAUCGCUUUAUUUUGGUAGCAAACACCCAUUUGUAUUACCACCCAGAUGCAGAUCACAUACGUUUGUUGCAAAUCGGAUUUUCUCUAAUCUACGUUGAUUAUGUCUACAAACAGUCAAUGAAGGAGCAAAAUAUCAGUGACCCUAAAAAUAUUGGCCUUAUUUUUUGUGGGGAUUUCAAUAGUGUGCCUGAAUGCGGCAUCUACAAGCUUAUGAUGGACCAAUUUGUAGGCAGUGACUUUGAUGACUGGAGCAGCAACGCUGCUGAAGCCGUCACCGAUGUGGAGCUAACACAACCGUUCAAAAUGCUUUCCGCGUGUGGAACACCAGAAUUCACCAACUUUACGACUCUUUUCUCCGGUUGCCUAGACUAUAUAUUUUAUCAAAGUGAUCACUUUGAUUUACUGCAGUCAGUGCCGUUACCUACUAAUGAGCAGUUGACGAUCCAUAAAGCCAUACCAUCAGUUACAUUUCCAUCGGACCAUAUAGCUUUAAUAGCAGACCUCAAAUUUAAAGAAAAUCAAUUAAAAUAGCGUUUAAUAACUUCUUAAUUUUAA